AUGUUUUCCCCGCUCCUCGCCGAGGACCUGGACGAGGAAGGAUGUUCCAAAGAGCUGGUGAAAGUAAAACCUGCACGAAUUCCAUAUGAAAUGAGCAAAAAGCUUAAUUUCAAAAUGAACCUUAACAAGUUCAGUUGCCGAGACUUGCUGGACGUCAUAGUGGUCGUUGACGGUUCGGACAGUAUCACGGCUAAGGACUUUGUGACGUUGAAGCGGUCACUUGUAGACUUGAUUGACGGACUACAGCUGGCAGAUGACCAGGCAAGAUUUGGACUUGUACUUUAUAGUAGUGAUGUGCCUGCCAAACUUCCGCUCAGUGCAGACCGGAGGCGACUGCGCAUUGAUACACUGGCGCUCAAUCAUCCACGUGAUGGGACGAGAACCGAUUUAGGUAUCCAAGCGAUGAGACAGAUGUUUUCCAGACAAGGCCGCCGUAACGUUCCUCGUGUCGGCAUCGUCAUCACUGACGGAAUCUCCAAGAUUCCGACGCAGACGGCUCGCCAGGCGAACGCCGCCCAGUCAGAGGGAAUAGACAUGUUUGCGGUGGGCGUUACCCAGCUCAUAGACAACGACGAACUUCGGUCGAUUGCUAGUAACUCAUCAAAUGUUAUGUCUGUAUCGUCCUUCGAUCAACUCAAGAGCGUCGUGUCGUCGCUGGUCCGCCAAGUGUGUCCAACGACCACCACCACCACAACGACGACAACAACGACCACUACGACAACUACAACCACAACGACUCCUGCACCGACAACGACGACGACCACGCCCACAACAACAACGACGACACCCACCACCACGACACCCACCACCACGACGCCCACUACCACGACUACCACGCCCACCCCUACCACCACCAAGCCCAUAGACCCUUGUGACGGCUGUAGGAUGAGAAAUGGUGCCGGGUUUAACAGACAUCCCACUGACUGCGACAAAUUCGUACAGUGUUAUUUCACUGCGGACGGAAAGCGGCAACACUCAAUCCAGGAGUGCCCAUGGGGGAAUUUCUGGGAUCAAGAAACCAUGACGUGCAAGCCCGCCCACAUGGUCUUCUGUCUGACGGACAAGUGUGGCGACCCGUACAUGCAGGCCCACAAGCACACGUCAGACUGCCGGUCGUUCUGGUACUGUAACAACAGAAAGUCAUUUCCAAUGUGUUGUCCAAUGAACACAUCAUUCGUCGAAAACGUUGGCUGCGUUCCUGACAACAGUUGCCAUGAGCAUUGUCCACCACGUGACUCUGGUACCCCGGUCAGAUUUGUGAAUAGAAACCAAGGAAAGAACGACCCACCGAUCAUGGCGGCACCUGUACCAGGAGUCGGCCACGCUCCUCCGACACAGAAAGAAUGUGACAAGAAAGAGAUCGCUGACGCCCCGAUGCACUUCGAACAGUUCGUGGCACGUAGUGGUUGGAUUCGGAUGCCGUGUGCCCCCGGGACAAGCUACAACCAACGCGACUGUCAGUGUACCGUCAUAUCCGAGUAUGUCAAAAAGGACGAAGGUUGUAAGUCUAAGGUAAGCCUGAACUUUGCCACCUACAUCGAGGAGAACAGUGACAAAUCGGUAUAUGUGGUAAACGAGAACGUUUCCGUGGCGCAUGGUGUCGCAAUAUUCGACGGCAAGAGUUCCCUGCGCGUGCCACAAUUGUCGAACAUGGAUCUAGGGGACACCGUUGUUCUAAAAAUACGGUACAAGGAUACACCCAAAAGACAUCCCAGGGCCACUGAUCGACCCCAAGCCCUCAUCAGCAACGGUGACUGUGGCAACAACGCCUCCGUCCUGCUCGCCAAGGAUGAUACCAGUAUAAUGUUCGGGGCGGAGACGGACAAAGGUGGUUACACCAGCUUCUCAAUACCUACUCCGGUAAGUCACGUGGUAUAG